GAUGAGUCAAACGGACAGAGAACUGUCUCUUAAGAUUUACCCGCAUUUAUGUAAUAUAUUUGGGACUGAGGAAGUUGUGAAAACAAGAAGAAAGCUAUUGUGUGCAUAUGACAGUGUUCUUCGAAUUCUAAACUUCACAGUUAUAAGCAGUGGGAGUAAAGCAGAAGGUUUAGACCUUAACGGAAGUGAUUAUGAUCAAAUGUUUAUUCAUCAUCUUUUCCAGGUUUAUGAAAAUAAGGAAAACGUGUCAUCCUCCGCAAAAAAUACACCUAUAGUAAUGGACAUCAGUGACACAAACCCAGGAUUUACGAAGCUAAAGCUGUAUGAGCAACGACACAUGUAUCAUAUAAACCAGUGGAGAGAGACUGUUAAUGGAGAAACAUACAUUUCAAGUAAAUUAUUUCGGGAGCACGGUUUGCGAAGUAGUAUGAUAAUUCAUGGACCAUGUCAAUCUUUCCCGGGUGAUAUUUAUGAUUUGGCAUUUUGUUUGAGGUGUAAGGAAUGGGUAACACCUGCUCAUCAAUGGGUUUUCAGAUCCAGAUCAACCUGGCCAGAUCAUGGGUUGGUUAUGUCUGUUAUAAAGGAAGGCGUUUUAUUUGUGCCCAUUGGUUGUAAAGGAUCAUUGGAUGAAGAUUUAGAAUGGCGAAUAUCAUUUUCUAUGGCAGAGAAGCAACUUAUUUUUUCAUUUUCUCAUACUCAGUUAUUAUGUUACGCCUUACUGAAGAUAAUUUUGAAAGACAUCAUAAAGGGAAAACAUGGUGAUCUGAUUUGUUCUUAUUUUCUUAAAACUAUAUUAUUCUGGGUAUUUGAAGAAUCAAGACCUUCUGAUUGGCAUCCUGGUAAUAUAAUUCCUUGUUUUAUCAACUGUCUGAAACGGCUGAUUUACUGUGUUCAAUAUAAAACCUGUCCUCAUUAUUUUAUUCCAGAAAACAACUUUUUCGAAAGCAGAUUUACUAAUUAUCAACAUAAAUGUUUACUUAAUACAUUACAUGAUAUAUACAAUUCAUUAUGGCCCUUCAUUUUCCAUACGGAUACAUUUCAAGGGUUCAUUAAAGAGCAAAUAAAUUCGUCAUUCCCUUAUUUGACAGCAUCUUCAAUUUCAUGCUUAUCAAUGACAUCAUUUUGGUUUCUUUUUUUGAGAUCUACAAGCAUCACUUCUAUUAUCAAUAUAAACGAUAAAGAACUAUCUACACACAUGAUGUCUCUGUUUGCCAUCAAUUUGAUGCAAUCAUCAGUUGAACUCAACUUUGAAGCAAGUAACAAUUUAGUGUACUAUCAAUACCAGAUACAAUUAAAAUGCUUUAAGGCAGGGCUAUAUUUCGAUGCUAUUUCCACUUGGUCAUUGCUUGCAUCGUUAUUUUAUAAACAAAAGAGAUUUCACGAAUGUAAAUAUAUUAUUAACUAUACUUUGUCAAAAUGUACUCCCGAUAAAAUUGUGUUACCUUGUAAUAGUUUGCCGGAACAGACUUAUUUCCAGAAAGUCAAAGAAGCAGUCGGAAUGUUGUUAACAUGCAAACAUUUAAUCAUUGGUAUGUUGCUGUUUAAAAGACCUUAUUAUUUAUUGCCAGUAGAAUUGUUCCCAUUAAUUCAACAUAGAUUUUCAAAGUACGCAUUCAGAAUCCCUGCUGUGGUGUAUUUAAAUAUGUUAUCGUUUUUGUGUGUAUAUCAUAUUGGAGAUAACAGAGGCAAACUAAAUGCACUGAGGGAUCUAGAACUUACUAUUCGAGAAAGAUACUUUAUUUUACCUUGCGACAAGGAAAUGGUAAUUCAGUGUUUCCAAAUUGUUAAAAGUAUGAUGUAAUUGUAAAACAAUAAACACCUUAAUCUGUAUUAUUCAACAAAAACAAUGGAGAGAUCCAAUAAUGUCUUUUUAAUGUUAACAAAUUUCCGACAACCAUUUAAGAUGGCAUUGAAAUAACCAUUAUACUAAAAUGUAUUGUACCGUUUGCGCAAUACACUAGUUAUAGUUAGUAGAUAAGUUUAUAUAUGACACAAAACAAAACAUAGAUGUGUAUUCUUUUCGAAAUUAUCAAAUGCAACCUAUAACUGUUACUGCAAUUUGUAUUUUAAAAAUAGAGUGACCUAUUUAAGCAGGAACUUCUUUCUACUCCUGUUUCUGGUUGGUGUUUGGUGCUCAAUCUUUGAGUUUCUUUGUUGUGUGCUGUUAGUGUUGCUUGUAUCGGCGAUUUUCUAUUUAAUUUCUGUGUGACCGGGGUUAUCAUGUUAUAUUUAAUUUCACCUUGGUAUCUGUUGUCUCUUAUCAGCAUUACUAUUUUGUGAAAAGAUGUUAAAUAUUACCAGCCGCGGUUACUUAUUGUUUUGUACAUAUACAUGUUUAUUGAAUUCGUAUUUGUUAUAGCCAAUUAGGCAGAACUUUAGUAACAGUAUUGUGUGAUCGAACUUUCCAAUUGCCGCAAGUUUAUUGUUUCUAUAUUUUUCUUCCGGUUUAUAUAAUCCAUUCAUCCAAUUUUGACUCUUUAAAAUUCAAGAGUCUAUCCUAAAUUGAGGUAAAUUAAAUGGCCUUCCAAAUACUUUUCGAUCACUAACAUCACUGAAGAGACAUUAAUUGUCGAAAUUCGGAUAUGGUUUUAAAAAAUUUAGCACCUCAUGUUGUAGUUUACCAUCUUUGCCUCAAGUUUAUUGUUUUCUACUUGGUAUUUAGAUUAAUAGAGACAUUCAUUGUGUUACAUCUUGUGAUCAUUUUAUUUGGCAAUCAUCAAUGGCCGUCAGCAGGGUUUAAGAACAUCAGUUGUUCAACCUGUUAGUCAAAUGCGUUUUGUUGAAAUAUAUUGUUUCACUCUUCUGGUCUAUUGAAAAAUUUGACAAUUUGAAUAUACCACAACUGUUUUAUAACAGCUGUAACUGAUUUAUAAUACCGAACAUAUAUUGGCCUCACUGUUGGUGAAAUUUUAAGUUAUUAACCGAACGAUGAAUAAUUAGUUUCUUCACCGAAGAUGGAACAGCUUGUCAAAGUUGUUCAUUGGUCCUGUAAAAUUGAGAAUAUCCACGUCAUAUGAUCUUUCAUUAAUUAGUAGAUAUAUUACUAGUAAAUGAUACUGUGAAGUAUAAUCUUAUAAACAAGUGCAUCUG